UUUUGCCGUCAUCGUGGAAACAUAACCUUUAAAUGAUCGUAAAGCAUCACUGACUGAUUGCACAAUUUUGAUAUAUUUUUAUUUAAUAAAUUGUUUAUAGUGUCUUUUUGUAAUUAUUGUCGAUAAAUUAGUUAGAAUUUAGAAUAAAUAUAAAAAUGGAUCGAAAAAGUAUCGGAGGUUUGAUUGGUAAAAGUUUUAAUUCACCUAGAAAACGAGUGCCAAUGGUACAAUCUUUAAAAAGAAAUAGUUCUACUUUGAGUGUAUCGGGACGUUCAAAUCAGUCGACACAGAUUAUCUGUCGAACUGCUGGUCACAUAGUGGAAAAUUUUGGAUCGUCUUUGCCGGUCUUGGUGACUGAGACACUGACAUUUGUUGAUCGAAAUGCCGCUGUCAGUGUCGGAGUCUCGGUGGAUGGAUGGGUAUGGCUUGUAUGUGGACGACGUCUACUUGUCUGGCAGUGUAAAACAACAAUUCACGACAUCAAACAAAGGCGAACGUUUAAAAGUCAGUGUCGCGAACUUCUUUUGCCUCAAAGUGAUCUCGCACACAAGGCAGAAUGUAUUGCUGUCUGGCUUCCGCCCGGACACCAGGUUCCGAGUUGUAUGGCAGUUUCACCAGAAGGAGUUGUUAGAUUUUGGACGAGUGUAUCUCACGAGGGCUCAUCGGUAGAAACUAGUGCCGAACUCGCCGGUCAAGAGGUCGAUUGUUUGACUUAUGUUCCUGGUCAUGGUUGCAUUCUUGCCACAACAACUUGUACGGUUGCCCUUCUUCAGCCACAAUUUGUGAAUGGAAAAAAUACAAUUUCUUGUCGUGUUUUGCGUACAAGUCAAGGAUGGCUUGGUGGAAUCGGUCGAAGAAUGUCUUCUCUUAUUUUUGGAGCAAUACCACAAUCUCCUGUUACGGAAACGAAAUUAGUCAAGGUUAUUUGCACAAAUUUCGGAGAGAAGGGAUCGAGGGUUUUGAUUCUCGCCGGCUCCUCCUUACAAUAUUGGUCCUUUCCGCAAGGAGAGCAGGAGAAAAUGGAGUUUGACGAGGAUGUCGGUCAAAUUGUGUCACAAGCUUUUCAACGAAGAAUCUGGGAAUCGAGUGCUUGCAGUCCUCAAAACAUGGACACGUGGUUGAUUGACAUGCAACCUUACGAGGAAGGAAUUGUUCUAUUAGUGGCUGCGCAUAGUCCAGAUGUUUCUCCAACGAUACAUUUUGCUAUCGGUUUUGUUUCUCUCAGUGGAACUAAUUUGGCGAACGCAUUCAAGUGGUUUAUGCCGGUGAAACUUGGACAUUUCAUAUAUCACGAGGACCCUGUUUGUUUGGACGUUGUUUUGUCCUAUCGUUUCAUUCUCUCUGCGUGGGAGGCAAUUAUUUACAAUCAGCACAAUGUUAUUAUAAUAAACACACUCGUGGAACACGAACAGGAUAAAGUCGACAUAGUCAGAGGAGGAGAGGACAGUAUUCUCGGUGGAGCUCUAUGUUCUGGAACUCCUGUUCUGUUCACUAGAAAUCUCGGACUUGUUUCAAUUAUACCAAAUGAUUUCACAACUCAAGAUUUCAACGCAAGUUAUUCGGACGUGAGUGCGAGUGUGGACUACAGUUGUAACGCAAGUCUAGCAGGAGAGAAUUUUUACACAGUAACAAGUAACGAGGAACUGCAAGAAAUGUUUUGUAGAUCGGAUCCUUGUGCACAAUUGCGAGCUGCGUUUCUCCUUCGCUUGCGUCAGAACAAGGCGCAAUGCGAGGAGAUACUUUCGCAACUUUUCCCAUUACAAGAGGAGCCAGUUAUGGACGUUGAUGCGAAUCUUGAUACUCUUAUCUUAAAAGUAGCGAAGGAUUUAAUCGACGAUUAUCCUGCUAAUGAUCCUCGAUGGACGAAUCAUCGAGAUUUGUCUAUAACAUUAAAUUCCGUAACAUCAAUGCACAUUCCUCAUCAGUUGGAAGCUAAACAAAAGGCUUUGGAUCUAUUUAUAACAUUUUUGAAGGAAUACGGCCUGUGGGAUAGAUUUUGUGCCGUUUCAUACAGAGGAAUAAUUAUGUCGACUUCAUUCGUUUUAGCUGAGUAUGCUGAAAAAGUUGUUGCAUCUCUAUCAAUUUAUAAUAUUCAACAGAGAUUUUCAGACAUUGUCGAUGCAAUAAUAGAGAAAACUUUGAAGCCCGAAGCUUACGUGUCAGACGAACUCAGUUCACACGAUAUUUUUUAUCGUGAAGUGAGCACUGUUCAUAGAUUUUUGCCAAAUUUGGUAGAAAGUGCAGUCGAAGUGACGCAAUCAGAGAGACCAACACUUCAAGUUGCUCAAUAUAUAAUGCACAUUAAUUCCAUUCUUUUGAGUAUAAUGCACGAAGUUGUAAAAUACAGACAGUACAAUGCAGAGAAAUUUGCUCCUUUAAGAUGUUCGAGCGGAAUUGCCGAAUAUUUACCCUGGACGGCUGCUACCGGAAAGCACGGUUUAAAAACUUGUCUAAAUACAAUGCAAUCUUUAACUCUAAAACACGGUGUAGUUGGAACUAACGACUCUUCUCUUAGAAAUGCUCUAUACGAACAACUAGUCAGUCUCAUUGAUUUAAUACUCGAUGGAAGAAAAUGCCAUUUGGAGAGUAUUCGUGGAACUGAAAAGUUUGAAAUUUUACUUAAACAAUACGAGACAGAGAGGACCAAUUUAAUUCAGCCGCUUGUUAAAGAAGAGCAAUAUGAAAAUGCGGCAAUGCUUGCUGAAAAGUACUACGAUUUCGCGGCUUUGGUUCAAAUUUGCGAACUAACGAAUAAUAAAAAUCGCCUCGACAGUUACAUGGAGAGAUUUGCCUCACACGAUUUUGUAGGAUUUCUCUUCUCAUGGUAUGUAAAAGACGGUCGACAAGGGCAAUUAAUAGAAAGAUGCAGACGAGGUGGAGCUCCUGAAUUAACGGAAAGAUUAUCCGAACAUCCCUCAAUAUCUUGGGUGCAAACAGCGUUGACGGACGAAUUGCGUCUCGCUGCCAAUACACUCCAUUCUCUAUCCACUCAAGAAAGUGAACUUGUUACCAGAAAAAAGACAAUGCUAUCACUUGCAAAACUUGCCUUAUUGGCCUCUGAUGAACCCGAGAAUGAAAUAAAGGAUUGUACAAAUAGAAUAAAUAGAGAACUGUCACUGAUUGCUCAUCAGGAAGAUUUGCCAGCUCAAGUGCUUGCAAGUUACGGAUACGAUAUUGAUAAACUUCGAGUACUCACACCGACUGAGCUGAUUAUUUUGUACACUUGUGAGGAAAACGAAGUUGCCAAUGAAUAUGACUUCAAGAAGGCUCUAGAUUUGUUAGACUUUGUGGAACAGGAAGAGGAGAAAGCGCCAUUAAAAUUGAGAAUAUGGGCGCGAGUGGCUCGACGAGAUAAGUGGGAUAUUGUGACAAAAAAUCCAGAGCAGCAGGUGCAAGAUACAAUGUUCUUUAAACUGAUGGAUCUCACUCAUUUUAUGGGUAACAAAAUCGAAACUUUCCUUCCAUCGGUCGAUUUACUACUUGCUGAACAAGAAUUAGGAGAUCUCGCCGCUUCCAGUAAUUUCCAAUAUCUAAUUAAGUUAGUCUACGAGUACGCUUAUCAUAAUUAUUAAUUAAGAACAAUCCUAUUGUGGGUGUAUAAUUGACAGAUUUCACAAUAAAUUUUCAUUUUUGCAUAAA